AUGAACGCCCCUAAGCAUGACGUACGGAAGGGAACGAUAUUACGCCCCAUCAUAGAGAACACUGCCAAGUGUAAGGGAAGGGACACGGGGUGGCCCCCCGGCAACCCGGGCAGUGACUGCGAAAGGGAAAAGAACCACGGCUGCCCCAGGGCGUGCCCCAACGAACUGGGGGUAGCAAAAUGGAGGGAAAAAAAAGUGCAAAGCAAGUGGGGACGCAGCGGCGGGGAAAACAACGCGGAAGAGAAGCCCCCUCGGGGGCAGGAACAAAACCACGAAGUGGCCUCAAUGACCGACGCGGCCUCAAUGACCGACGUGGCCUCAAUGAUGGACGCGGCCUCAAUGAUGGACGUGCCCGAAAGCUUCGUCGGCAUAGAUCACCAAAACUUGCCGUUUGUGAAGGCCAAUUUUGCCAACCGCAUUAACAGCAAAAACGUAGUGCCCAUAUUAGACCUCUUCGUCCAUAACUUAUUUUUUCACCUAAAAAGUAUUGGGAAAAAUAUAGACAAUUUUUAUUUGCGCUUUGGAAAAGUUGUGUACCCCUUUCACUUCCCAGUUCAAAAUGGUGACGUCUGUGAUGAGUGCCUACUGAAGGAGAACAGGAGGAGGGGGUGGAAGGGAAGGAUUGGGACGAUGGGGGAGACCCGGUAUGCACAUGGAUCGGAGCAGCAACACCAUAGGGGCAGGAAAGAUGGGAGCGAAUUUCUCCCCCAAGUUUUAAACGCCUGGUGUGAAAGGGUAAAAUGCUUGAUAAGAAUUUACAAUAAGAACAGGAAGGAGCAGAAAGUGAAGGAGUACUUACACGGGGAGGGAAGAGAAAGGGAUUCAGAAGAGCGUCGUCUUCUUUUCGAUCGGAGGAGCAGAUAUGACAUGAACGAGUGUGCGAAGGGGUUAGUGGAUAGCAUCCUUCUGAAUGAAGACAGAUGGGGAAGAAUAAAAGAGGUAUCCUUUUUCCCAACGGAAAAGAAACAACAAUCGGUGAGAAAUAAAUCAGGUGAUGUAACCCAUGGAGAAGAUCAGUUCUCACCUGACCUGUUCAGGAAAAAAGGAGAACUAUGGAAUGAAGACAUAACCGAUUUGUACUUAAUCAAUUUGGUGAAAAGAAAAAUUGAAGAUUACAUAAAAAAUGUGCAAGUGAAAAAAUUUUGGGACGUCAUAAAUGUGCAGCAGUUAGCUAACUUUGACUAUAGGUAUGCGGGCGGGGUAGCGGCCAGAAAGGGAAAUUCCCGUGAGCCUCUAUACGACUACAUCCAAAUCGUAAAAAAAAGCAAGUGCAAAAAGGAAGGAAAGAGCAGCCACGUGGGAAAGGAAGCGAACCAAGUGAUGAAUGGAAAGAACACCCGGGAUGUUGAGAGGGGGAAGACAGACAAAGACUUCAUGAUGAAGGAUCUAUUUAACAAUACGAUUAAGGAUUAUGAAUCGAGUCAAGUUCAUAUUUUUUUAAGUAACUACGACAACGUAUUUUUAAAGUCCAUAGGGAGGUUUUACCUUCUGCUAAAUUUCUCAGUCGAAAUUGUUGCCAUUCUGUAUGAGGAUAUUGACUUGUAUUCCCUUCACAUUUUUUCCUUGUACGGUCAUUUGGGUCAGUGUGGGAGAGGUGUCGUCGAUCGGCAAACCGAUUGGCAGUCUUCUAAUCGCUGCGCGGGAUGCAGCCGAGGAAGCUGGGGGGAGGAGGCCUUCCGCGCCAGGGCCAGCCAACUUCUUUGUAGCCUUUCUCCUGCCCAGCGGAGACUCGACACCGUCGUGUUUUUGUUGUUACGCGUCUUUUUGAAGGGCGAACAGGGGGCACCUUCCGUGGGGGUCCCUACUAAGGGGGUCACUCCUAAAGGUAUCCCUACUAAGGGGGUCACUCCUAAAGGUAUCCCUGCUAAGAGCGUCACUAGUAAAGGUAUCCCUGUUAAUAGUGCCCCUUGUGAGCCGCUCCGCGGCGGAGCCCACCUGUCUGGCCCCCUCCCGAAAGAGAUACAUAGCCUCAAGGUGGAGAAGUACAAAGAGAUUCUCAAAGAAGUGAAGAAGCUAACCAAGUACGUCAUUGAGAAAAAAAUCCAUUUGCAGAAACCAGUCAUUAAGUACCUUCUAGGGGUUAAUAAAAAAUACAAGCAGAAGGUUGUUCACGCGAUGGAGAGAAUCAGGGGCAGGAAGACCUCCAAUUCGAAGCAUGUAACUAUGCUGAGAAUAAACUUCCUUUUGCACUCGAUGAAUUUUUAUCACUUUGACUUCUUCACUAGGAAGGAUUUGAAAGCAGAUCUGAGACGGAUGCACAAAUCAUCCCGCAGUAAAAGGAAGGGGCUAAGAAUCCCGGGGCAUUCUAACAGGAGAGACUGUGUCCGCAAAUGGAGGUGCUCUCUCCGGGAAUGGGGUACUUCCCACGGGAUUACUUCCCACUCGGCGCCGAACGCAUCGGACGUGGUUUUCCCCCUAGUGAACGAAACGCGGCUGAGGAGGGCGAGACGGGCGCGGCACCUGCGCGGGGUGAGGCUCCGUGUGUACGCCUACGUGAGGUUGGCGCGGAACAUCGGGGUGGAGCAGUCCGCGGGCGCAAACAAAAAGGGGAGAAGUAAAAAAAGAAGAAGUAGCGACAGAAGUGAGCGUAACAGCAGAAGUAAGCCUAAUAGCAAAAGUAAGCCUAGCAACAGAAGUAAGCCGAGUAGGAGACGUAACCGUAAUGGCAAAGAUAAGAUCCGACGUGGGAGAACUUCUCCCCGUGGAGGAUUCUCCACUGGGUGCCAACCAGAGGAGGCACCACACGAAGCGAAAGCACACCUGUUCGUCCUCUCCUUCUACAAAAACCAUUUGGUGAAAUCUCUAAACGUAGAGCGAAUAAGGCGCAAGUUUCGAGCCCUGGUGAGGAGCAAAAAUGCAGUCUACAAAAAGGUUCUGCAUAAGGUGAGGCAGCGAUGUGGACGGGAAAAGAAGACAGAAGUGGAAACACGCGACAAGUACUACGAUCUGCUUCUGGACGUAUUAAGCAUUAUCAGGAGACAAGACGAAGAGAUUAGGAGCAACCUGUCUGGAAUGAUAAGGGGGGUGAACGAGCAACUGAAUUUAUUCUACGGGAACAUUUGUCGCUGUGCGCCAGCGGAGACUUGGGAGCAGAGAAACGUGGAGCUCGUGAUGCAGCAGCGGUUAGGGGCGCUGCGGGGGGAGGACUCUCCUCUCCGGAUAAGUCGGGGCGAUGGGGGAGACGCGGAAGAAGCGGAAGACGUGGAAGAAUCGGGCGAAGCGGAAGAACCGGUGGGUGACGAACUAUGCGGCGAAGCAUGCAGCGACGCGUGCAAUGGCGCCCAUCGGGUGCGUGAGAAAAGGGUGAAGCUUCGUCCAUCCCGGAGUGGCAGGCGCCCCCAGCGGGGCCACGCGCAGAAAGGGAAAGACAGCGAGGGAGGAAGCCGUGCAAGAAGUUGCGCCAAGAGCUGUGCCAAAAUAUGUACCCAAAGUUGCGCAAAAUGCCGCUGCCCCAUGGACAGGCACCUACUCGACAGGAAAGAAAAACUGCUCAGUCAGUUCCGCGACGUUAAGAGCUAUUACAAAGAGAAGACGAAAAAGGUGAACUACCUUUCAUAUGAUGUGUCCAUUUUGAAGGAGUACCUAUGCGCGUAUGUGAAGAAAUUUUUUGACGACAUUAUCCUUUUGUUUGAGUACUUCUUCUGCAUGUCUAACGGUUAUCUUGCCCUGGAUUGUGGCAACGAAGGGGUGGGAGAGAAGAAGGAAGAUCUUCUGUGUGAAUGGUUCGCUCUGUCGAGCGUGGACAACUUCAACAAUGAAGGCGAAUCUGGGGGGGACAACCUGCACGGCAAGGAGGCGAAGCCUUCCAAAGAGACGAAGCAUAGCAAGCAGACGAACCACUCCAAGGAGAUGAACCACUCCAAGGAGAUGAACCACUCCAAUCAGACGAACCACUCCAAGGAGAUGAACCACUCCAAGGAGAUGAACCACUCCAAUCAGACGAACCACUCCAAGGAGAUGAACCACUCCAAGGAGACGAACCACUCCAAACAGUACCGCAACUACCUCCUACUUAAAAAACUGAAAUUUUUUGCUAAAAACGACAUAGUACAAUUUAUGAGCAAAAGUAUCAACUGCGCGCAGAAUCACGUCCUGCUAAAAAUAGGCAGCGUGAAAAAGGCUUUCUACCUCUUGCAUGCACUGCUGAGGACGCAGAUCACAUAUAGCACACAUAUCACACAGAGCAGUAGCAACGAGCUUCUCAUUUAUAAAAUCCUGCUCAGUUUUGUUGCAAAAUAUGGACUGUACUGCCAGAGGAAGGAGAUGAAGAGAAGGGGAGCAACACCACCAGGGGGCAGUCCCCUCUCAAAGAAGUACUCCGAGGAGCAACUUGAGAGUCGCUUCCUACUGGAGAAAAAGAGAAAACAAUUUUUGUUCAAGUUUGGAUUAGAUAGUAUGAAUAUUCCUACUAAUGUUACUUCCUUUUUAAAGUACAUCAUUCAGGAUUACAGUGCGGACAACACAGGGGGGAAGAAGGUCCCUUGUGGCAAGGCCUCUCGGGCGAAUGAAAAAAACGCCAUCGAUGUUUAUACAUCCUGCUUGUAUAAUAUGUCGAGCUGCGAUAAGGAUGACACCAAUGUUAGUUCUAUCUUGCAAAAAAUGCUGAAAAAAAAAAAAAAAAAAAAUCCUUGCGUCGCUCAAAAUAAGGCAAAAAUAAUGUAUUCGGGGAGAGAGACACAAGAGAAGGAGGACGACCUCUUAUCCGAUUUAGCGACGUUGUACGAGAUUAUUCAUCGGGGGAAUUUAGACCAAUAUGCGAACUUGAGGCUCUUUAUAACAAUGGAGAAGAAGAGGAAGACUAAAAGGAAGAGAAAACUCAACUGCGAUGAGGUGUUCACCAGUGUAGACAUAAAUGAGAGUAGCAACCAUGUCAUACAGAAAGGGAUCAAAAAAUACACUAUCCACUUUGUCGAUGACAAUAAGUAUGUGUUCCCAUACAUUUGUAACACGUUCGAUUUGGGAUCUUCCAGAAGGGGACAAAGGAACCCCAAGGAUUCGUCUGAUCCUUCCCUGUGUUACGAAGUAAUCCAGCUGAAUAACAAUUUUAAGUUUUUUCAUUUUAUCGAUCCGGGGAGAGAAUACUCUUUUAGGAACUCCAUUUUGAACUUCGUCUAUGGGUACCCGGUUGUGUGCAUAAGGAAGGACCACGAGGGGGGGGAAGCAGUCGGGUUGGAGGAAGCAGUCGGUCCGGAAGAAGCAGUCGGUCCGGAGGAAGCAGUCGGCCCGCAGGAGGGAGUCUCCCCAGAUGUGGAUCCCCACCACAAGGGGGAAAGACUCGCUUCAAACGCGGAAGGAUCAAAUAGAAUCAGCCAAAAACUGCUCAGAAGGAGGAAGAGGAAGGAAUUGCUCGAACAUUUAAGCAGCGUGGACAUAUCGAAUAGCAUCCCCUUGAAGUACAUCCACCUGUCCGUCAUCGGUGACAUAUUUAGACACCUAAAUUUGGAGCACGUCCUCGAAGACACGGUUAAGAACUUAUAUGAAGAAAUGCUGCAAGACAUGCAGCAGAGAUUUCUCCGGUCCAAUGAUACACAUAACGUGGCUAAUGUCGUGACUUGCUUCCUUCUCUACUUUACCUCCUUCAUGGAUAUUCUCCUCGGAGUCAGGGACAACAACUAUAUCAGCCUUACCCAGCAUGGCGAUUUUAAUAUCUUCAAUAAUUUCAGUGGGGCUUUAUUUAGAAGACCGAAAAAGAAGCGAAGUGAAGAGAACCUGUGCGCAGGCCACCUCGAGGGGAAGGAGAGCUACGUAUACACGCACAAUAGAUACACUCGAAGGAGUGCUUACCUGUGGUUGCUGUGGAGGGGGAGGCAUAAUGGGACGAGCUCGCCGAAUGGGACGGGAUCGCAGGUGGAAGACAUAUAUGUCUGUCCAAAGGGGGAGACAGCGCUUGGUAUUGUCCCGGGGGGGAGGCUCGCGGCCCUCAUGAGCAACUACCGCGACUUCAACUUCUCCUUCCUGAAUAACGCAAAGUGUCUGGACGAGCAAAAAAGGAAGCAGUACCUGUUCGUGAGUGGCGGGGCGGAAGCGGCGGAUAAGGAAGCGACGGAUAAGGAAGCGACGGAUAAGGAAGCGACGGAGAAGGAAGCCGUGGAUAACGCAUCAGCGGAGCGAACCCUUCUGUUCAGGCACAAAAACGUCAGCGUCCACAGCGUGGAGGAGAGCGUCUCCUGUGAGGACUCCCCCCCGUUUUUGGCAAGGGCGAACUUCACUGACGUGGCCAGAUGGCGCGACUGCGAUUUGGAAUGGACCCCAACUUUUGAGUUGCUCCAGGGGGGAGGGGCAAGCGUGGGAAUGACAAGCAUGGGAGUGAGAAGCCCCACCCCGAGGAACACCCAUUUAUGUUCCCCACAUCAGAGCAGCUACACCCAUCACGGUCAUGGUACCAAUGGAGGAAACGCGUCCUCCUCUUUAGUGAAACGAAUUCGCCUCGCCCUAACCAUCCUGAGGGGGUACCUAAAGGAAACCCUAAACCUGAAGCGGCACUGCCUGUUUGAUGCGCUAGAGAACUUUAAGCAAUGCAAAAGAGGACUAGAGGACAUAAAAUUUUUGUACCAUUUGAUAUACCUACUCGAUUUUGACAGGAAGGAAGGAAAGGUGCCUGAUUCGGUUAUCUUCAAAAAGGUAUACUACUUGGUGGUGGAGGCAUUGUUCGGCGGGGGGGGCUCAUUGCUGCGAGGGGAGACAACUCAGGAAGGAAAGACAACCGAGAAGGGAACAACAACUGAGGGAGGAAAGACAACUGAGGGAGGAAAGACGACCGAGGGAGGAAAGAAAACCGAGAAAGGAAUCACCAAUGAGAAAGGAGCGACAAAUGAGAGACACCCACCUUGCAUCCCCCCCGCGAUGGACGGCGAACGGGUAAUAUCUUUUAUCUUCAAUUUGGUGAAAAUCACGAGAGUAAUCAAAAUGAAGAAGGAAAAAAUGAAAAAAUUAUUCAAGCUACUUCAAACGUACGUGAAUAAGUCUCCAGAUUUUUACGACGCCAUUUUUAAUAGGCUGUUUCUUUUUAUUUAUGAAGACACGAAGGAGGAGAACAGGAGGUUUCUUAGGAGGCAUUUAAGCAGCUACUUCAAUGGAAAGAAAAUCACCUUUGAUAUCUUGAGCCACAUCCUUCGAUCCCUCCCCGCAGGGGGGGAAGGGCGGGACAGGCAAGCGCGGCGAGAACUGUCCCCUACCCAGCGGUGGCACCUCCCAUGGCACCACCCAUCUGAGCAACGGAGCGUUCUGGCCGGCGAGGACCCCGCCUCCCUCCAGGGGCACAUCCCCCGGGUUAAAGAGGAACGGAGAGGAGAUGGACAUAGAGAAGAUGGGCACAGAGCAGAUGCACACAGAGCAGAUGCACACAGAGCAGAUGCACACAGAGCAGAUGCACACAGAGCAGAUGCACAUAGUGUAGAGGAACAAUGCGUAGACCCCCCCAGGGAGUGCCUCCCCCGGAGACAGCAUCAUGACACGCGGCGCACAUGGAAAAAAAUGAAAUUCUCCAAUGUCAGUGAAGAGAUAUUUAAGAAAGCCUUUCGUAUGGGGAGGAGCAUUUACUCAAGUGACAGCUGCGACUCGACCAGGCGAAGCAUCUUCCGAGUGAAACGUGUGGAGAGUAGGAACUACCUGUCGUACGAGAGGGAGAAGGCGAGUCAUUUAUUCCGCGGAUCAGGAAGGAGCUCCUCCGGGAAGAAGGCGGCUAAGCAGAAUGCAUCUACAUUGAAGUCCUCUCUGCAGAACGCAUCGAUGGCAGGUACAGCCAAGGGGAAAGGUCCCAACGUAUACCCCGGUGGCAAAUCCCCUUGGGAAACUUCUACUCAGAGGGAGGGGCUCAGCAAAACGGACCACUCGAAAAGGAAGGGCAAGAAAAAGGGAAAACAACUCAGCGCAGAUAUUCUAUCUGAGCAACUAUGGAAUGAGGGCCUAUGGGACGAAACGAGAAGCUUCUCCACGUCCCUGUGCACGAAUGAAGAAGUGUCCGUCGAGAAGAAGAAGGGUCUGAGGAAGGGUGGAAUGAACCUGGCGCAGGGUGGAGGGAAGCCACUCGGAAAAGAAUCCUUAGAGCGAUACAGCUCAAGUGAAUGCCUCCACUACGUUGAUAAUUUGUUUCGUCACUAUCGGGAGAGUUCUAAGGGGCAGCGAGAAAAAGGGGGGACUUCUAAAAUGGGGAGGCCUUCCAAAAUGGGGACCCUUCUAAAAGCUCAUUUGAAGAAGAAAGCGGAAGAAGACAUCUUUAUGAUCGGAAGCAACACGAGCGAAGGUGGAAUCCCCCUUAGCUGCGCCUCGUCGUCGUCUUCAAAUUGGCACAAAGAUACAAAUGACGAGGAGAGACAGAAGAUAUGCUUCCACAUGAACGAGCUGACUUGUACAGGUGGACAGAAAUAUCUGAGCCUACUAAGUGCAGCAGAUUUUAAAAUGGUAAAAGGGGACAGGAGUGGGAGAAGUGGCAGGUGUGAUAGAAGUGACAGGUGUGACAGAAGUGAGAGAAGUCUCCACUCGAUUGAAGACAUGAGGAACUACCCAAUGGACGAAGGAAUGCACCAAAUGAAACGUAGCUAUCAUAAGGACAGCAAGCAAGUGCACAGUCUUCUGACCUUCCAGCAGGACAGUUCCUUCUGUUUUAUCAAAUAUAAGCCCUACCUUGAGUUCAACGAAGAGAGGAGAGUUAAGAUAAACAAGUAUAAAGAGAAGGAGAAGAAGAAACAGAGAAAAAAAACAGACAUUAUGUUCAUGCCUCUCUACAUUAGCAUCGUCGGAGGACUCGAUAUAUUCUUAUUCAAUUAUUACCAACACAUUUGUGACACCUAUGUGAAUUCCUACUUCUACCUGAACACAUACUAUUUCGAGAAAUAUGUUUGUAGUAAGUACCGGGGGAAAAGACACUCGGAGGAGCACCUAAUCCAUGACCCCUUUUACUACCACUACUUGUUUUGCAACAAGUUCGGUUGCCACGACAGCGCGAGGGUCGUUCGGGGCGCACGUGUGGGACACCACGCCUACGUGAAGUUCUUUAACCGCAAGGGGGGGAGAGAGGCGGUAGCGGCCGCAGCGGUGGGGGAGGCUGCAUCGGGAGAGGCUAACAUGCACACGGCUAACAUGGACGCGGCUAACAUGGACGCGGCUAACAUGCACGCGGCUAACAUGGUCUCGAUUGGCAUGCACGCUUCUAACCUUCCCGCUGUGCGCGUAAAGGAAGAAGCCGCCCCGGAAGAGCUGACCAGCCAAAAGGUCCCCCGCGAGGAGGAAAAAAAAAGACUCAACAGUGUAGUAGACAGGGGAAGCAAACAAGCGUCCAACGAGGUUGGAAAAGCUUCAAAAGGGUCAGCAGGUGAGAGAAAAAAAAAACAAAUCACAAAUGAAGGACGCAACGGUGGAGAUGAUAUCACGCAGAGGAAGGACCAUCACUGGAAAGAAUGUGAACAGAAUUUUUUUUAUUUAGACAAUGAACUAAGUACAGAUGAUGAGGAAGACAGUGUUCCAAAGGAGCCAAAGGACGUUCAUAUCUUUAAGAGGCACUUAUUCAUCCUGGACUAUCUGAGAAGUCAUUUUAGUUUCUCCAUUUUCACCCGAAUGGAGAAUAUGAUUAGCGACAUGUUUGAUAACUAUUUGUUGAAUCUGCCGUAUGUGAAUCGGUACGUCUUGGUGAGGAGUGGCGGUGAGUGUGGAGCCGACGUGGGGUAUGAAGUGUUGCCUGCCAAGCGGGGGGUUAGCGGAAUCACUACAGGAGCCAUCCCCUCCGGGGAGAACCACUUCCCCGUUGGAAGUCGCUUCCCUGAUGGCAGCCGCCUCCCCCCUGACGGCACAAGCUACCACGACUUGGUGAGGGAGUUCUUCCUACGGGCGGGUGGAGUGCAGCUCUCCAUGACGGUCGUCAACGUGGAGUAUUGGAAGUUCGAAGACGUGAAGGAGGAAGACCCCAUCGUGAAGAAACUAAUCCCCGACAGUUUGUCCGCCUACUUCGACGCGAUUAAUAAAAUGUACCAGAAGAGGAACGCAGACAAGCAUCUAGUCUUCCUCUUUGAUUUGUGUUCCAUCGAUUUGCUUAUCGACGAUUGUCUCUUCACUGUAAAUUUGACAGAAGGGCUAGUCUACCUAUUUUUAAGCUCUCUCGAGACGAGGACCAUGGAUCUGUAUAAGGAGAACUUACGCUCCGAGCAGUACGACACGGGUAAAGGAAAGUACAAUUUCGAUUUUUUAUUCAUUUCGUCGACCUAUAAAUCAAGGGAGAGUAAAACGAUACACAUUAUUGUCAACGAGAGCAUUGUUCUAUAUGACUUUCAUCUGAUUAAGAAAUCCGAGGAGGGUUCCACGUCAAAGGGGAGGAAGACUUCCCGGGUGGCCGCCUCACCAGGGGGGGUGACACUCCGGGGAGAAGUGCCAAAUAGGGAAGAAGCCCGAAGGAUGUCAUCACUAACGGGAAGCCAUUAUCUGCAAAGGGAUUUCCACGAAAGCAGAGGAGAGUCCAUAACACAGCAGGGCACGCACUUCCUUAGAGAGUCACCCCCGAGAGGUACCUCGCCGAAGAUGGACCAAUCUUACAUGGAAAAGAGGACAAAUGGAAUGGGAAGCGAGCCUAUCCGCGUAGCAGAAGUAGGAACAUUAUCAUCCCCCGAAGGAGAUACUCAGAAGGAAGGUCAAAAUGGAAUCGGCCAAGUAUUCACUGGAGGGAGAAAGAACAUCGAUGGCAACACGGAUAGUGCAGACCCAGGGAAGGAUCUACAAAAUGAGGAGGAAGUAGAGACCGUCAUAAAGAAACAGAUCUCAACGGAGAACGUUUACUACAAUUUGAAGUUCCUCAAAGAGUAUCAGGAGAAUGAAAUAAAAAAAUUAAGAAAGAGACAAAUUUUGGAUGAUGUUGAUGUAAAACUUUUUUUUACCGAAGAGUAUCUGAUUCAGAAGACGAACCUGCCAGAUCGGUUUAUUCGAGAGACGUUAAAAAAGCUAGCUAGGAGGAAACUUCUACAAAGGAACACAUUCAAAGUUAUGAAUAAAAGGAACAAGAAGACGACACAGUUUAGUGUCUACACGAUGUCGGAGUUGGAUUCUGUGGGGGAGACAGAUGUCUCUGAGAGGAGAGUAAAAGAUGAGGAAGUGGAACCGUGGGAAAAGGUGUCCGAGGGGGGAGUGGGAGGUAUUCAUCUCCUCCAACAGAUGCGUGAGAGGGGUGAGACGGGCGAGACGGGAUACACGGGCUACACAUGUACGACGCGCACACACGGGGAACAGGCCGAGAGUGACAAAGAAGGACAACCACAGGCGUGGCUGCCUCGAAGACAGGGAGGAACACAUCAUACAGCAAGGCAACGGUCGGAACAGCUCACGAGACGAAGAUCGACUCGGAAGCGAGCGAACACUCCGGACCCCACCCCGACGACCGACAGGAGAAGGAAGCUCCCAAUUGGACCCAUCGACUUAUCUACCCAGAACAGCGAAGAGGUGCGGCAACGGCAAAGGCGCAGGGGGGGGGACUGCAGCUUCUCCUCUGGGAUCGUCCCAACGACCAUCAUCCAUAGCACCUCCGUCUUCAUCGUCCCAACCACCAUCAUCCAUAGCACCUCCGUCUUCAUCGUCCCAACCACCAUCAUCCAUAGCACCUCCGUCUUCAUCGUCCCAACCACCAUCAUCCAUAGCACCUCCAAACCGUCCAGAAAUGGCAGGACGAAAAAAGAAAGAGGCACACCCACAGUUAGCAGUAGCGUAGUGAGAUUAGAGACUAGUAGUACGGCCGUUUGUGUGAACAACUCUCUAGGCAGUCGUGACCCGAAUGAAGAUGUUGACAAGAGGGAGAGUACAGAAAAGACCGCCAAUGUCGAAGACGCCGCCACUUCCGCAGACGCCGCCAUCACCGCCAAUUCCAGCAGCGGGGCGAAGAAGCGGAGGGGGGGCUCCACGCGAGUCAACAAAGUUGCAAAAGAAAAACGAGUAGUAAACACCUUAGUGUCCUAUCUCAGUGAGAGGAAAGGCAGCAGUGAUGACACAGUUAAGGACCAUUCGGUAGUCAAGCAGGGAGAGGCAACCAACCCCGCCGGCAACGAACCCGUGGACUUCUUCCUGGACGAUGUAGUCACCGACAACGAUGAGGAAAACGAGAUCAAAAAAAGGAGAACCUUCGAAAACUUAAAUCUGGAAGAGCCCUACGAAUUCUACGAAAAGAAUAUAUUAAAAAUAACGACAGAUCGAAUGAACAAAAUGAAAGCAGAGCCGGGGAGGAACACCUCCACUCCUCUGUUUCUAAUUGUGAGCAGCCUGAAUAAAAUCCUAACAGAAAGAAGAAUGAGCCAUUUGUCUCAGCCUAGUGUGCUCGCCAUUCUAAACAUCAUGAUGAAGAAGAACAAGGUGGUGCGGGUCGGCGGCAACUGGCGGCCAACUUAG